ACGCGGUGGCACAGCAUCAAGAGCUUAAUAGGAAAAGGAGAUAGUGCUCAUAAGAAUAUGGCAGAUGUUCCACCUGCACUCACCCUAGAACUUCCCAAGAAAAGUGAUCUUCCUAACACAUUCAAACCUUGGAAUGAAGUCCAUCUUCCAAUUGACAUUCUUUUGUUGACAGUGGAUGACUGUGAGUUCCUAGCCUGUUAUGCAUACUUGAGAAAUUCCUUUAAAAGCUACCUCAAGAACCUUGGAUAUGUGUACUUUGGGAACAUGGGUGAAAAUGGAGAUGUGCCCCUAAAAGUUGCUUUGAUGACAUGUUCUGAAGGCUCUUCUGCUCCAGAUGGCUCGCUGGUCACUGUUAAGAAUGCUGUGGUGGAACUGAGACCCAAAGCUGUUUUCUAUGUUGGCUGCUGUGGUGGGUUGAACCCAGAAGUCACCAAGUUACAGCUAGGUGAUGUGGUGGUAUCCUCUAAGCUUACAACUGAAUCAUUCAAAACCCCAGUGAGUAGAGAUAUUUUGCGCCUCAUCAGGCCUGCAGAUCAUGGUUGGAUUCCUCCAUUAAGAAAUCCAGAAGAUCAUAAAGUUCAGGUCUGCUGUAAUGGAGAGAUUCUAAGUGGCAUAAACCCAGUCAGUGCUAAACAGCAAAACGUGUCACAUUUUACUGAAGCUACUGCAUUAGCAUUUGGUGGUGAAGGUAAGAUAUUUAUUCCCUGUUAAAUGACAUCAUUCCUCUCUUGUUACAUUUUCUUACGAGAGGAGUGGGGGCCCAUGGUGUACAUCUCAAAGUUUAGAUCUAGAGGGUCCAGGUUAAGACCUUGCUGCACUUUGCUGUUUCCUUCCUCCAUCCAGGUGUGUAAAUGGGUGCUGGUUAUGAUCCUUUGUGAUCCUGUUUUCAAUCUGAUUUUUUAAGAUCUAUUCUAUGUUGGAACAAUGAUGUUUAUGUUUGUGUAACUUGCUGUAUUUUCUAUACUAAAUUAUGCCUAAAAAAUUGAUCGGAGGACAGUAGUUUAUGUAGUGUUUUCCUUUGGAUAAAAUACAAAAGGAUAGUUAAAUUCUAUUAACAUCCUAAUGCAUAAGCUGGUUUUUUGUUUGUUUGUCCUGUUUUUUUAAUUUUUUAAAUAUGCUGAUUUAUAUCUGCCUUUUAAAAUCACUAUUACUAUAUUCUGCCUACCUGUUUGCAUGGUAAAUAAUAUUGUUUAUGUUGUCACAUCUUGAUCAACCCUGGCUGUGAUGCUCACUGGUGGAUCUGUUUGCAUCUUGAAUUUUUAGUGAUUUGUUGUUGUUUUUUCCAGGCCUUUUUGCUGCCGCACAUGAUCUUAAGAUUGAAUGGGUGAUUGUAAAAGGUAUUUCUCACUUUGCCGAUGGUACCAACCCUGCAGAAAAUUCUUGGGAGAGUCAUGCAUGCAUAAUGGCAGCUUCUCUUGUGUCCAACAUGUUGAAGGAUCCAUUUGUGUUUGAACAAUGGCCUCAUUAUGAAGGUAGGUGA